AUGCAUUGCGAAAAGGGAUACAUAUGCACUUUGAAGCACAAUAUGCCACAGUGUGUUGCAGAGCCUAAGACUUGCAACAUCAUCCAAUGCCAAGAAAGGACUCUAUGUGAGGUAGUCCACGGUGAGCCUACAUGUGUCCCUUCCCCACCAUCUUGUUAUCACUUCCAGUGCCCAGAUGGGACUGUAUGUGUUCUGACAGACAGCUUCCCGAAAUGUGUACCACAAUCAUCAUCAUCAUCAUGUGCUGCCAUUCAUUGCAAAGAAGGCACCAAAUGUGUGAUAACUAAUGGUUGGCCUGAAUGUAUCCCAGUGCCUGCCUCCUGUGAAAACAUUAAAUGCAACCCAGGAACAGUGUGCAACCUUGCUAAUGGUGUGCCGAAUUGUGUGCCCAUCCAGCCUUCCUGUGGUGAAUUCCAGUGCAAAGAUGGAACUGUCUGUGAGGUGGUUCGUGGACAGCCUACGUGUCUCCAGACACCAGCACCGUGUGGUGUCAUUCUAUGUGAAAAAGGAACCAUAUGUGAGAUUGUUGAUGGCCACCCAACAUGUGUCCGAGUGCCACCAUCUUGCCUGCAUAUUGAGUGCAAACAAGGGACGGUGUGUGAUAUGAUAGAUGGCUGGCCAAAAUGUAUCCCAGGCCCAACCUGUGAUGAUCUCAGAUGUGAAGCUGGCACUGAGUGCAAGUCUGUGAACGGCUUGCCCAGAUGUCUACCCAUCCCACCAUCCUGCCGUGAAAUUCACUGUGGACUUGGGACAGUGUGUGAGCUAGUGAAUAUUAAGCCCACCUGUGUGCCCAUUCCAUCCUCUUGCAACAAAGUGCAAUGCCAUGAAGGAACGAUCUGUGACAUCAUUGAUGGCUGGGCAACGUGUAUCCCUGCCGUAACAUCCUGUGACCAAAUUCUGUGCCCAGAAGAAACGAUCUGUGAAAUUGUUGAUCAGUGGCCCACCUGUGUGCCUAUCCCAUACUCCUGUGAAAAAAUCAUAUGUGAAAAGGGGACAGUAUGUGAUAUUGUGAGCGGCUGGCCAACUUGCAUUCCAGACUCACCAACGUCUUGUGAAUCCCUUUUUUGUGAAGAGGAGACUGUGUGCACGAUAGUUGAUGGAAGACCAACAUGCAUCCCCAUCCCACUUUCCUGUGAAGGAUUUAGCUGCAGACAGGGAUCUAUGUGUGAAAUCGUGAAUGGAUGGCCCACAUGUGUCCCUUUGCCACCGUCAUGUGAGAAAACCGAAUGCAAGCAAGGAACUGCUUGUGAGAUUGUUAAUGGCUCACCCCAGUGUGUCCCCAUUCCUACCACCUGUGAAAAGCUACAGUGUCCAGAGGGAAACAUCUGUGAAAUCACCAGUGGUGGGCCGUCGUGUGUUCCAGUUCCUGCUUCUUGUGAAAACUUCUACUGCAAAGAAGGGACCAUCUGUGAAAUCACUGAAGGUUGGCCCAAAUGUGUACCCAUACCAGCCUCCUGCGACAAUAUCCAUUGUGGAGAAAGGGCUGUUUGUGAAAUGGUUGAUAACUGGCCUCGCUGUGUUCCUAUCCCAACCUCUUGUAGCAAAAUGCAUUGCCAGAGAGGAAUGAUUUGUGAAAUGGUUAACAACUGGCCAACCUGCAUCCCUGUCCCAGCCUCUUGUAACCAAAUCACUUGCAAAAAUGGAACUGUUUGUGAAAUGAUUGAUCAUUGGCCUACAUGUGUUCCUAUUCCAUCCUCCUGUGACCAAAUUGGCUGCAAAGAGGGGACUGCUUGUCAAAUGAUUGAUGGUUGGCCCUCGUGUGUUCCUUUCUCUCUUUCCUGUGACAAAGUUAGCUGCAAAGUUGGGACCAUCUGUGAAAUCAUUGAAGGUUGGCCAAAUUGUGUUCCCAUCCCUUCCUGUGACAAUGUCCAAUGUAAAGAGCACAACGUGUGUGAAAUGCUUGAUGGUUGGCCCAGAUGUGUGCCCAUCCCUUCCACCUGUGAUAGUAUUCAAUGCCCAAUGGGUACUGUUUGUCAAAUUCUUGAUGCAUGGCCUACUUGUGUUUCUGUCCCACUUUCCUGUGGCAAAUUAAAUUGUGCAGAGGGGACUGCAUGUCAAAGAGUGGAUAACCUGCCUACAUGUGUUCCCAUCCAACCCUCAUGUGAAAAGGUCAGCUGCAAUAUAGGGACUGUGUGUGAGAUAUAUGAAGGUCAGGCUAAAUGUAUUCCCAUUUCACCCUCUUGUGACAACUUCCACUGUGAGGAGGGGACUGCAUGUGAAAUCAUUAAUAGUUGGCCCCAAUGUCUUCCCCUUUCGCCUUCUUGCAAAAAUGUCAGCUGCGACAUAGGGGCUGUGUGUCAAAUGGUUUCUGGCUGGCCCAAGUGUGUCCAUGACCUCCCUUCCUGUGAUAAAUUCAGUUGCAAUGAGGGGACUGUUUGUCAAGUUGUUUAUAACUUGCCUACAUGUGUUUCCACCCCAUUCUCAUGUGAACAAGUCGGCUGCAACAGAGGGACUGUGUGUGUGAUGUUUAGUGGCCAGCCCAAAUGUGUUCCCAUACCACCAUCAUGUGACAACUUGCACUGCUCAGAAGGAACUGUUUGUAAGGUCAUCAGUGGCUUGCCAACUUGCAUCUCCAUUCCAUCUUCCUGUGAAAACACUAGCUGUAAAGAGGGAACAGUGUGCAUGAUGGUUGAUGGCUCACCAAGUUGCAUUCCAACACCACCACCAGAUUGUGCUUCAGCUUUCUGCGAAGAGGGGACUGUGUGUGGAAUAUAUAAUGGAAGCCUGGCAUGCCUCCCCAUAUCGCCUUCCUGUGAAUCAAGUCACUGUACACAAGGAACUGUGUGUGAAAUAAUCCAUGGGUCACCCACGUGCAUACCAGCCUAUCCUUCUUGUCAUGAAAUACAGUGCCAAGAAGGGACUAUUUGUGAAAUGAUUAAUGGGGGACCAAUCUGUGUGCCAAUUCCCCAUUCCUGUGAACAUACUGAAUGUCAACAGGGGACAGUGUGUGAGGUUAUAAAUGGCUGGCCCCAUUGUGUUCUCGGUCCUCCAUCACCGUGUGCUUCAAUAAUUUGUCAAGAGGGCACAGUUUGUGGAAUCAUUAAUGGAGGCCCAGAAUGUGUGCCCAGCCCUCCUUCCUGUGACACAUUCCACUGCAAUGUGGGGACCAUCUGUGACAUUUUGAAUGGCUGGCCCACAUGUGUCCCCCUGCCAGGCUCCUGUGAAAGCAUCCACUGUCAAGCAGGAACUGUAUGUCGAAUUCUAAAUGGCUGGGCCACAUGUGUGGCAGCAGCACAAUCUUGCCACACAACUCAGUGCAGCUCAGGGACUGUGUGCCAGAUUGUGGAUGGCUCACCCAGAUGUGUUCCUGUUUUGGCCCCCCAGCCUAUCUGCUGGGCCUCUGGCCAGUCUCACUACCACACGUUUGAUGGACACAGCUAUGAUUUCCAGGGUACCUGCACUUACACAGUAGCUAAGACCUGCAGACCCCAUUCUGGGCUACCAUUAUUCCACAUUUUCACUAAGAGCCAGAGGAAUGGCAAAACCCCAUUCUCUUUUGUCAGCCAGGUCACUGUCUCAGUCUAUGGCUCCAACAUCACCAUGGUCAAGAAUGAAUACGGCCUUGUCAGAGUCAACCAACUGCGCUCUCACCUGCCCAUAAUUCUGCAUGAUGGGAAGCUCUCCCUAUACCACCGAGGAGGCCAACUGGUUAUUGACACCCAAUUCGGACUGAAGGUUUACUAUGACUGGAACUAUUACUUAGUGGUGAAGGUUACUCCAGCCUUCCAGGGCCAUCUCUGUGGCCUCUGUGGCAACUACAAUGGAGACCCCAAUGAUGACAUCGUUACAUCUUUGGGAGGUUUGGCCACUGAUUUUGUGGAGUUUGGUAGGAGCUGGAAGGUGGAGGAUGGCGAUAGUGCCUGCACUCAUGGUUGCCAUGGCCAAUGCUGGCGCUGUUCUCCAGAGCUGGCCACCAGAUACAGUGCAGAGACCUUUUGUGGGCUGAUUAUUAAACACAGAGGUGGCCCUUUCCACCGUUGCCAUCCCUUGGUUGAAUCCAAGCCCUAUUUGGAUGACUGCGUGACUGACUUAUGUUCUUUUGAGGGCUACAAGCAGAUCUUGUGCCGAGCUCUAAAGACUUAUGCUGAUGCCUGCCAAAGAGAAGGAGCAGUGAUAUCUGACUGGAGGAAACAUGCUGGCUGCCCCCUCUCUUGCCCUGACAAUAGCCAGCACAUGGCUUGUGGCUCAGCAUGUCCUGCCACCUGCAGCAACUUGGAAGCUCCAAAGAAAUGUCAUCUGCCCUGCAUGGAGACUUGCCAGUGCAACCAGGGUUUCGUGCUGGACGGUGGUACGUGCAUUCCCAGAGACAGGUGUGGUUGCGUCUACCAUGGCCAGCUAUUCGCACCCAAUGAGCAGUUCUGGGGAGACCAGCAAUGUCAUCAGCAUUGCUCAUGCAGGCCACAUGACAGAAGAGUGGUAUGCCAGGCAUCCCGCUGCAGGGAAGGGGAGGAAUGUCGUGUGGUCAAUGGCAUCAGGAACUGCUAUCCUACCAGUUAUGGUAUUUGCACUGCCGUGAGCCAAGUGCAUUACACCACUUUUGAUGGGUUACGCUAUGACUUCUAUGGUACCUGCAUUUACCUACUGGCUGAACUCUGUCACAAGAGAGGAAACCUGACUCAGUUCCAAGUCCUGGUGCAGAAUGAGAGUGUGAGACCCAAGGAUCCUUCUGCUGCCAAGAUAAUUGAGAUCACAGUUUAUGGGAUGACAGUCAUAAUCAGCCGUGGAAAAGUUCUGCUGAAUGGCUUGUUGAUAAACCUGCCCUACAACACUGAAUACUACAAAAUCUCACUCUACCACCAAGGCUGGGAUAUUGUGGUGAAAACUGAUUUCGGUUUCACGGUCAAAUUUGACGGGAAGAACAAUAUACGUGUUGCAGUGCCAGGAACCUACAGGAAUGCCAUGUGUGGCUUGUGUGGCAAUUUCAAUGGGCAGCCCAAUGAUGAUAUGCUACAGUCCAACAACACAAUAACAACUAGUCCAGGAGACUUUGCCAGAAGCUGGAAGGUUCGGGACAUCCCAGGCUGUACAGAGGUGGAGAAGGAGAACUGUGUGGACAUUAUUAAUGUGGAGCGUACACAACUUCAGGGCAUGGAGUGUGGCAUCCUGUUAGACACCCAUGGUCCCUUCAGGAUGUGCCACAACCAAGUGCCACCUCAGUCAUACUUCAAAGACUGUGUCUUUGACUAUUGCUCUAACAAAGGCAACAAGAAUAUCAUAUGUCACAUCAUCUCCUCUUAUGCUGCAGCUUGCCAAACAGCUGGUGCCAGGGUCCAUGAGUGGAGAUCCACCAACUUCUGCAGGCCAACCUGCCCCGCAAACAGCCACUAUAAAGUUUGUGCCAGCAAUUGCCCCGUGACAUGCCACAGCCUCUUCAACCCAGAACUCUGCACCACUAAAUGCCGCGAGGGGUGUGAAUGCAAUGAAGGGUUUGUUUUGAGUGGUGAUCAGUGUGUUCCUAUCUCCCAGUGUGGUUGUGUCCAUCAAGGAUUCUACUACAAGUCGGGUGAGUCUUUCUAUCCCAAUGGCUUCUGCAAGGAGUGGUGUGUUUGCCAAGUAGGUGGUAUCAUGGACUGCCAGCGUACCUCCUGUGGUGCCCAUGAAGAGUGUCGUGUGGUUAAGGGUGUCCAGAAAUGCCAUUCACUUGCACCCAGCAGGAGUGGAGCUUGUCAUGUGGCUGGUGAUCCCCACUAUCUCACCUUUGAUGGCUUCACAUUUGACCUCCAGGGCAACUGCACCUACUCCCUGGUUAAAAGCUGCACACGCAAGAGCUCCCUUCCAGCCUUUGAGGUCCAUGUGGAGAAUGAAAGGCGGGCCAGGGGCAAGGUCUCUGUUACAAGGACUGUAUCUGUCACAGUCUACGAGCACACUGUCACCAUGCUGCGGGAAAAGAGAGGUAUAAUCCUGGUGAAUGGUGCUACUUCGUACUUACCUUUCCACUUGGAGAAUCAUGGUAUGUGGGUGUACUACCAUGGUGACAAUGUGGUGCUUCGGACAGACUUUGGCUUAUUAGUCUCCUUUGACCAGCUCUACCAUCUUGUCGUCAUGGUGCCUGAAAUCUAUCAGGGCCAGACCUGUGGUCUUUGUGGCAAUUACAACGGUAAUCCCCGUGAUGACAUCUUCCUGCCCACUGGUCAUACAGCUAUGAGUGUCCAAGCCUUUGCAGCUGCCUGGAAAGUGGACAUCCCCAUGGCAGUCUGCACAGAGGAUUGUGCCGCAUUGGUGUGUGGAGGUUGCCAAGAGAGCCGGAAGUCCAGCUAUGUACACAACAGUCUAUGUGGCAUCUUGCAAGCAUCAUAUGGCCCUUUCAGCUCCUGCUACUCCACCAUCAACCCCACAGUCUUCUUCAACAACUGUGUGCAUGAUCUUUGUAAGGCAAGAGGGAACCCUGUUAUCCUCUGCCGAGCCAUCCACAGCUAUGUUACUGCUUGUCAAGCCGCUGGCAUCGAGGUUAAGCCCUGGAGGUCACAGAGAUUCUGCCCUAUGAAAUGCCCAAUCAACAGUCACUAUGAACUCUGCACCACUGCUUGCCCCAGCACAUGCAGAGAGGCAACCAGAAUCACCCAAUGCCCCAACAACUGUGCAGAAGGCUGCCAGUGCAACAAGGGCUACUUUAUGGCGAGCUACCACUGUGUGCCUGACAGUCAAUGCAGGUGCUUCCUCAAGGGCACAUGGUAUAAGGUUGGAGUGAGAGUGAUCACGGCCAAUUGUAGAGAGCAAUGCACCUGCCACCGCCAAGGUCGGGUGGUUUGCACCCCAUUGCCAUGUGCUGCUGGAGAAUCCUGUGUCUUGAGCAAUGGCAAGUGGGGCUGUGUUCCGCAGGAGGGCCACUGCUCUAUCGCCCACAGGCAUAUCUUCACCACUUAUGACCGGGUCUCUGGAAAGAUUUCCACUAUUGGGUCCUAUGAGAUCUCCUCGCUCAUUGACACCAAAUCUCCAUAUUGGUUCCGAGUGGUAGUGAAGUUAUGCAAGUGUCCUACAUGCCCUACACCCAGUGUGGUUGCGGUCACUGUCUACUUCCAUAACCUUACUGUACUGGUGAACCAGAAUAGCUUAGUCUCGGUGAAUGGGCAUCCAGUGCAUCUCCCAGUGCAGCCAUCAAAGGAUGUAUCAGUUACUCUGAUCCAGGAAGUGGUGACAGUGAAGCUAGGCUCAUAUGUACGGGUUCUCUUUAGCCCCAGUGGUGAGCUGACAGUGGUCAUCCAUGGGAAACUGGCCAACAAAGUAUUCAAAUCUUGUGGGAACUUCAAUGGUAAUGGUGCAGAUGACCUGCUGUUACCCAAUGGCAGAGUAGCGCACACCAUUACAGAAGUCAUCAGCCACUGGAGAGUCACAGCAACAUCACAAGAUGCUCAUACAAAAAUACACUCUUACUGA